CAGAAAGGUUGAUUCUAAUCAAGGCUUCAAAUAAAGCACAUGCGAGUAAAUCGUUAAUAUUUAAAUUGUUUUGAUCGAAGAAAGUCUCUUUGAUGAUGGUAUGUGACCGAAUCGAAGGAGACCUUAUCGUCCUGAAUUUCUACGUACAGUGUAAUGAAGAUAUGAGUGAGGUGAACUGACUUUUUCUCUGACAUGAAAAAAUGGAAGAGUUAAAUAAAUCGCUUUUAACAGAAUUCAGAGAAAAUCUAUCGAUGAAUGGCAACGAUACUAUUGAUGAUCUUAGAUACGUCAGUUCCAUUUAUAAUCUCAAUCAAGAAGAUACGAUAUGGCUGGUCACCUCGUCCUUUAUAAUAUUCACUAUGCAAACGGGUUUCGGUAUGCUGGAGUCUGGCUGUGUCUCAUUGAAAAACGAGGUAAAUAUAAUGAUGAAAAAUGUCGUGGACAUUGUCCUGGGGGGAUUAACGUACUGGUUGUUCGGUUUUGGAAUGAGUUUUGGCAGAGAAGAACCCGGUAAUCCUUUCGUCGGGGUUGGUGGAUACCUCAUAGACCCUAGCAUCGACGAUGAACUAAUGGGAUCAACUUGUGCAGCUUUCUUGUUUCAACUCAGUUUUGCAACCACUGCCACAACCAUAGUCAGCGGUGCCAUGGCUGAACGAUGCAAUUUCAAAGCCUACUGUCUAUUCUCGCUUCUGAAUACCGUUGUCUAUUGCAUUCCUGCCGGUUGGGUAUGGGGUGAUCAUGGAUUUUUAAAACGCAUGGGGGUUGUCGACAUAGCUGGAUCGGGACCUGUUCAUUUGAUCGGAGGAGUAUCUGGUGAGUUUGGAAUAUCAUCUUCAGAUCAAAUGCAAAGAAUCCUAAUCACCAACUUUCAACGCUACUCAGCAUUAGCCGGAGCUAUGAUGCUAGGCCCAAGAUUAGGUCGAUAUGACAGAGGCACGGACCCUUUACCUCUUGGAUGUCCCGUUAACGCGGUCAUGGGAAUGUUUGUUUUGUGGUGGGGUUGGCUUGCGUUCAAUAGUGGAAGCACCUAUGGUGUGAGCGGAGAGCGUUGGAAAUAUGCUGCAAGGGCUGCAGUUUCAACAAUGAUGGGAAGCAUGGGUGGUGGAUUAGUGGGCCUGAUUUUCAGCCUAAUUAACCCUAAGGGAAUCGAUAUUCUGAGCCAGAUUAACGGGAUUCUUGGCGCUUUGGUUGCUGUUACAGCAAUUUUUCGUGUAGGGGGCUGUUUUCUCUAUCAAGCAUGGGAAGCGCUAGUAGUUGGAGCGGUUGGGGGAUUGAUAGCGUGUUUAACAAUGCCUGCAUUGGAUAGACUUGGGAUAGAUGAUCCAGUAGGAGCAUCUUCUGUCCAUGGUAUGAGAAGAACAAAUGAUUUUUACUCGAUUUCCAUACAAAAUCAUUCGAAUUUUUUAUCAGGAGCUGCUGGGGUUUGGGGGGUUUUGGCUGUUGGUCUUUUUGCCGGGAAUCCACUACCACUGAAUACAACCAACGGAAGAACGGGAUUGUUCAAAGGUGGAGGCUGGUACUUAUUUGGCGUUCAAUGUCUAUCUGGAUUGUGCCUAGGUAGUUGGAGUUUUUUAACUUCCAUAAUUCUGUUGUGGAUUGUCAAUAAAUUAAUCCCAAUAAGAAUGGAUAUGUUCGAAGAGCUGCUUGGAGCAGAUUUGGUCGAACACCGAAUCAGACACGUACAGAUCGGUGUGAGCAGAGCAAUGUCUACUCUCCGUCCUUUUCCAAAGUACAAUCAACUUGAAGAUGUAACGCGGGUGGGAAUCAAUCCAGGGCAUGAAGAUUACUUGGAUACAUACAAGCGUGAAAAAAAAGCAAAAAAGCUCAUGAAGAUGAUGGGCAGAAAUUAUAAUCAGUCGAAACAGGGAAAAUCAUCAGGGUUGAUAAACAGACGUAUUUUUGCUAUAAACGACGGUUUAGCAAAUCCUCCAUUAAAGAGCAAAGACCAAAAACUAGGAUGGAUAAAUUGAAGAGGGAAAUUCCUAGGCACCUCGAUUUCAAAUAUAAAUUUAUUAGAAAUGUAUAAAUAGAAAUACAAACACGUCUUACAAGUAAUGCAAUCCACACGUUCCAGACAAAUAUCGGUAAUAAAUAACUCAAUCAAUUAUAAGUAAAAUGGAAACGCACGCGAUAUAAUUAUUGACGAAUCAAUAUUGACUUGUUCAAAAAAAUGAAUACCUAAAUAAAUCACCUUCCUUUCGA